ACCUUUGAACUCUUCAAAUAUGCCUUAAACAGAUCUAGAGAAAAAGAAGAGAUGAUAAUCUAAUAAAUUCUAAAAUUAUCUAGAUCUAUGUUCUAGGUCUAUAGGGAUAGGGUAAAGAAGGGCACUAAGAGACACAUUUUUUAGCACCUGUGGUGGAUGGCGCAGAAUUUCUGUUGUUUUAACUCAAACGCAAGACAAUCUUAAAAAUGUCAUCAAUCAAAGAAAGUUUGAGCACCCUGGUGACUUUCCUUGAGACAUACAGGGGUAGAGAUAAAGUAAUCAGACUGGUAACUUAUGGUGCAAUGUUUUUAGGAGGAGAAGGCAAGACACCCCGUCAACAAAAGUGGAGGAAAUUAUCUUCAGAAAUGAGUGGUUGUCGUGUCAUUCUACGUUUGUUUGAUGACUUGUCAAUGCUUUUAUACAACAUGUCCACUAGCUUUGGACUGAAGGAAAAGGGUAUAUUAAAACCACUUGAGCUUUCUAUAGCUCUAUUCAAUCAAGCCUACUAUCCCUCUGAACACUUAGCUUGGUUGAGGCAGAAGUCAUUGCUAGCAGGGAGUCCAACAUUGUUCUCAUUGCUGGGACUUAUUUUCUGGACUCUGUCCCUUUUAGGAGAAAUUAUUAAAUCAUUUAUAAAAAUUAGGAAUUUAAAUUUACAAGCCAAGAACCUGCACAAACAAAAAGCUUUGGAUAGAGACAGUGUUGGAUACAGCUCUUCACAAAAUGCUGAAAUUGAAGAAAAACUAAAAGCUAUUUCUCGUGGAAAAAAGGACCUUGUUCUACUGAUUAUCCAGCAUAGCUCGGAUUUCAUCAAUGCUAUUUCAUGGAUGCCGCCUGGAGUAUUAUGGGCUGGUAUGCUCAAACCUUCAACCAAUGGCAUCAUAGGAACAAUAGGAACUGUGAUUAUGAUUUAUCGUAAUUGGCCUUCCAAGAAAACAUGAGCUGCGUCAUGAAAAACCUAAGCCACUUGUGCCUUUUUAUCAUGUAAAUUUGUUGAAAUUUUAUUUUUUAAACAGAUUUUAUUGAAGUUUUUAAACAUUUGAGCAAAUAGCCACCACAUAUUAAAAUGUUUGUUUGUUCUUACUUAAGUUUGGUGGAAGAAGUUGGGUUUCUGUCAUCUUUUAAUAUCUAGCUUAAAUAGAUAAGCACAUAAACCCAUUACAUUUUUAAUCAGUGAAAUAUACAAGUAAAACAGUAUGUGGUGCAAUGCGUAUAUUAGAAUCUUGAAGGCACUAUGAUUACUAUGAACUAAUAGUAUUGAAGCAUGAGUCUAACUUGUUUAUAAACAUUUUUGUUUAUUUAUAGAAAACUUGCUUUGAUAAUGUAAAAUGAACUAAACUGCAAGAUUCUAAUUUCAUUUGUUUUCAACUUAUUUGGGGAACAAAUUAUGCUACUAAUGUCUAAAAUAUCUCUGUAAUAACUCAAUUGUAUUAUACUGUACCUAUAACAUGGAACUUCAUACAUCAUCUGUGUAAUCACUCAGGAAAUAUUGUUGUGAUGCAUGUUUAAAGUUUUUUUCACUUGUGUAAUAUCCUGCAUUGUUUCUGUUAACCUACAGUCAGUUAAUUUUGUGGUUAAUUUAGUGGUACGAUGUGGUCUGUAGUACUGUUGUUUAGAUUUUACACAUCAUUGCCUUUCAUUUUCAGUUGAUUUGAAAAUUGAAAAUGGAAUGCAUGUGAAUUAUGGACUAUGUAUGAGCUAAUUAAGUGUUGCUUGUUAAAAGGUUUUUAAAAUCUUUGUUUUGUUAUAUUUGUUUCUAGUUUUGUAUAAUGAAUGAUGUCGUGCAUGGAACUGGAAGACUUAUUGCUACAGUGAUAGUUUUAUGUCUGGAGAUUGUGUCAUUGCGUGUGUUAGUCUCAUUUAUGAAUUUAUUAAGUAUAGAAGAGUUUUAUUCCUACCAUUUAUGUGAAGUAAGUUUUAUGUCUGGAGAUUGUUUCAUUGUGUUUGUUAGUCUCAUUAUGAAUCUAUUAAGUAAGUGAAGUAAGCUGUGUCACUUAACAGAAUGUAAACCAAUGUAAUUGCUUGUUAUAAAGUUCCAUUUCAUGUAACAGAUAUUUCUUUUAUAUUUACUAUUUUAUUUCAAUAAAAAGUAUUUGGAUU